AUGGAGGACACGCCGCGUUUUCGUCCUUCCGUUAAUCCCGUGCCGCCUCUGCUGAUCUAUCCUGCCCCCUGCGCUGCGCACGCGCAUUUCAAAUUCCCCACACUCCUUCUCCUUCCUUCUCUUCCGCUAGACCCCAGAGCAGAGCAGAGCAGCCUGGGCAGAGCAGGUUCAGGUAGGAAUUGGGGAAAGAGGGAAGAAGAAGAAGAUUUGUCCACGCGGUGGAGGGGGAGGUGGAGCGAUCCGGGCCGAGAUGCACGCGUGCUUCCAUGGCGGCGGCAGCGGCAGGACCAAGACCAUCAGCAUCAUCAGGGACCUCACCAAGAACAUGAAGGCCAUGUCGCUCAAGGUGAAGGCGAGCGGCGGCGGGGGGCACGCGCGGGCGCGGCGGCGACGGCGGCGGCGGGGGAGUGGGGCGGAGGCAGAGGAGGACCUUGAGGAACAUGACAAGGACAUCGCUGCGACAGCAGCGGCGUCGGCGUCCGCGAAGAUCGUGCCGGACGACCCACCAGCGCCUAGCAGCAGCAGCCAUCAGCCGCAGGAAGAAGAACGAGGAGGAAAGAGGCAGGUGCGCUGUGACAAAUGCUCUGCCGCCUUGGAUGACAUCGCCGAGGAGGAAGAGGAAGCGGCGGCGGCCGUGGUUGCGGAUCACGCGACGGCAGCGGAGCGCGACGGGGGGAACGAGUGGGUGGCGGAGCCGGAGCCUGGCGUGCUGAUGACGCUGGUGUCGCGGCCCGACGGCACCAACCACCUCCGGAAGCUGAGGUUCAGGGAGGAGCUGUUCGACGGGCCACGGGCGGCGCAGCGCUGGUGGGCCGACAACUACGACAGCAUCGUCGAGCUCUACAGCAUCGUGCAAUCCGCCGCGGGGUCCCGCGAGGACGACGACGCGGAGGAGGAGGCUCUCGAAGACGACGAGCCCGCGACGCCGUGCCAGUCCGAGGACGACCGCCACCAGCCGCGACGGUGGCAGCGGCUCGGGUGCGAUUCGGCUUCCACCUCUGGGCCGUCCAGCGGCAGCGGAAGCGGAAGCGGGAGCGGCGGUGGGUCGGCUAGUACGUUGGGCUCCCCCAUACUGGGCCUCGUCGUCGGUACGCCCAAAAACAGCAGCAAAAGGGAGAAAGGCCCAGGCCGAGCGAAACCACACAAACAAAAGUGUCGUUCUUUGCACAUAAAUUAGAUAGAACUGAUUUUUCUUUUCCUUGCCCUUUUUCACGGGGUUGUUCGUGUCCGUCAAUCUUACAGAAGCAGAAAUGAUCGCGAGUUUACAACCUUCGUUUACA